CUUCUCCAUGCACCUCCAUGAAUAAAACAAACUAGAGGGGGUAUGGUUUCACCAGAUGGGUUUGGGAUGUAGAUGUCAAAGCUCUGAAAGUUGUUGGGUGGGACAUAAGAUAUGUCAGUGUAUUCCUCCAUCACGACUUGGGAAUAGCAUGUGAUCGACUUUGUCGUUCGCCGCAGUUGAACACAGCCACCGGUCUGGCCCUAAUGACGUCACUUUUGCUACGCGCGCCACAAAUUUGGUUGACGUCACUGAGCAUAGUGCAGUCUAUAUAACGGCAGCACCCCCCACUCAUCUCAAACGUAUAGGACCCUCCAACAUGCCGUUCACAGCUUCCGAUGUUUGCAAGGUAAUUUGUGCUAUCCUUCUUCCUCCUUUGGGCGUAUUCUUGGAACGGGGGUGUACAACCGACCUGCUCAUUAAUUGCCUACUAACUCUUCUUGGUCCAGGAAUUAUCCACGCACUCUACAUUAUUUUAAAGUAUUGAGUGGUAAUGUGACACAUACUACCACUCUUCCUCAGAGUCGAGCCUUCCAUAAUCCGCCGAUGAAUUGGUGGGAUAUCCAGGAGGGGAUCAGAUACAUUGCAUCCAUG